GGGAGAAUAGAGAGACAGAGAGAUGUCAAAACAGUCACAACGAGAUUCUCAGGUUUUAGAUUCUUCGCUUCCUUCUGAGCCACCUGAUAUUGGAAACUGGUUCUCAAGUUAUGUUUACGAGUCUCCAGAAUUGAAAAAUCGUGAUGAUUUUGAAGAUUAUGAAGUUCCUGGAUCCAGAAUAAAUUAUACUGCAAAUGGAAAGGAAGGUAAAUUGACUGGCAAUGUCAUGGUGGGAAAAUGUAUUAAUUCUGGAGAUAAGGGAUCUUCUUAUGCUUCACUAAAUGUGAUGGAUCAGAAGAUUCUGAAUCAGAGUUUACGAAUGUUUUCCAAGACUGACGGAUUCAAAGUAGAUGAUUCUGCAAAUAAAAAAGACAACAACUUGGGUGAAAAUGGAACGGAUGGUAAACGUAAUCCUACUUUUAUUGCCGGAGAGAAGGGAUCUUCAUAUGCUUUUGCUAAGAGAAAUGACCCCAUCGGAUUUGCGGAUUUUAAGUCUGCGGCAGAGAUCAUGGAAUCUUCAGAUACACAACCAUUUUCUUUAGAGCCUCUGGGCAUUAAGAAUUGGUUCUCGAGCUAUGUGUAUGAAUCCCCACUGAGUAAUUAUGCUAGUUUUACUGUUUCUGAUUUUAAAGAAAGGGAAGUUAAAGGAAAGGUAUAUGUGGCUGAAAUAGACAACAGCAAAUUGGAAGAUAAAUCUAGGGAUUUCACUGAAGUUGGAAACUCAAGUGAUUUGUUAAAUCAGAGACGAAUAUCUGCUGUAAUUGUUAGAUGCAACAGCUUGGUUAAAGAGGGAGAGCAUGACCAGCAACCUAUCAGUGAGGAUAGCUGCGAAGCUGCUGGGAUGCAAAGCUUAUCUGUACUGAAUGACUUGACUUCUGGAAGGAUACCUCAAGAAAUCUCGCCACCAAAGAGACAGCAGAAUCAUGAUAAAGGUUUAAUGGAAGAAAGUAGAAAAUCCAAAGAUGAUGGAGAUUAUAGUGGAAAGUCAGAUUGCCAAAGUUCGGACACGAAAUUAAGUUCUGAAAAUCAGGAUAGAAAAUCUCUGCAGAAGUUGAUUGAGAGGAAGGAUUACACUGAAAUCAGCCCUAAAGAGAAACAUAUUCAAGUGGACUGUGAAAGUGUGCAACCUAGCACCUUGAGUUUGACUAUACUUGAACAAAAAUCCAUGAAAAAGCUAGCUGAAAGAAGGAAUGAAAAAGAAAAUAUUGAGGGAACUGAGUUAGCAGAAAAUGGUUUCAUUUCAACGAGAAAGAGCAAAAGCAGAGAAGUGAACAGUGAGAAUAUUGAAAGGCCACAUAGAAUCCCACCAAAAUCUUUGAGAAAUGGGGUAACGAUUUCAUCGAACCGGAAUGAGGAUUCUAAGACAACAAGAAAGGUUCUGUGUGAGACUACAAAUUUUCAACAGUAUGCUAAUGCAAUAGAAAGUAGAGGAAAAUGGCGUUGUCCUCAGAAGAGCAAACCAGAGCUUGGGCCUCCUUUGAAGCAGCUUAGACUAGAGCGAUGGAUUCGUCCAAGUUAAUGCACAUUAUUUUUGAGGGGGACGACUAUUCUGGAUGAGAAACUCACUUCCAUCAGUCCGAGACUGAGUACAAAGACUAAUACCUUUGAAUUGAUUUUUUGCUUUUAUAUUUUCCUAUCAGUUUGUUCAGGCAAUAUUUGUUUGGUAGGAUUAGAUAAUGCUCGACAAUGUUAAAAUCCUGUUCGUUUACUCUCUAAUUUUGGUCUAGUAUUGCCUAUAAAAAAAUCAUCAAAAAAAAGUUGCGAAGGCGAAUGAUGACUAAAGCUUCAAGGACAGUCUGCAAUUAGUAUGCUGCAUUUAGCAUACAGUACUGUAUUAAGGUGGACUAAACUAUAGUAGACACUUAUAAGGUGGAUUGAGGUGUAAUGCUAUUA